UCUGGACCUUGUGCUCUCUCCCCGUCACUAUGUCGAACAAGCCGCUUGACUCGUGGGAAGAUGACCCCGCUGCACAGGACGAUAACCUAUCACGGCAGACACAGAACCUGAACUUGAAUAAUCAGCAACAGCAGUCAUCCUUCCAUCCUGGAGCUUCGACAUUCCAGCCAGGGGCUGCCGCGUUUCAACCGAACCAGCAAUUCCAACAAUACGGAUACCAACAGUACGGCCAGGGUUUCCAGCAACAAGGAUAUGGUAGCUAUCAGCAACAGCCAUAUGGCCAGUAUAAUCAAGGCUACGGUCAGCAAGGCGGAUAUGGCCAGGCCUAUGGUCAACAAUAUGGAAGCUACAACCAAAAUACUGUAAACCCUCAGCAAGCUCAACAGCAGCAACAAUGGCGUCCACAGUCAAUUGCUGAACGACCACAACCUGGUGCUCCUGUUGCAGCAAAACAAACUCCGACAGCAGCGAAACCGGCAACUACUACUACCGCUACUCCAGCUGCUCUGCCCCCGAAGGCAAAGGUCUUGUCGAUUGGCGGCGAUGCUAUGAAGUCCAAAACACCGACCUCAUCCUCAGGCGCCACUCCUACCCCUCCUUCCUCCGUCACUCCUGCCAGCGAUUUACAAAAUGCGAACGGCCCAGCUGCUGUUGCUGCCGCCUCGAAAGUGACCGCUACUAAAGCCAUUGAAAAAACGGAGAAGAAAUCCGCUAGUAGCGGCAAGACAUCGCCUACAUCGUCCGGACGGUCUUCUCCUUCACGAGCGGCGGACGCCAAGGCUACAGCGCGCGACGCAGAUGCAGUCGCCAAAGAACAGGCAGCCGAUGUCGAUGAAGCUACGCUCAGAGAGAUUUAUGGUGAUAAACGUGAACACAUCAACUUGAUUUUCAUUGGCCAUGUUGAUGCAGGGAAGUCAACUCUAGGUGGAAGCAUCUUGUAUGCAACUGGUAUGGUGGAUGAGCGAACCAUGGAUAAAUACAAAAGAGAGGCCAAAGAAGCCGGGCGUGAGACAUGGUAUCUUUCAUGGGCUUUGGAUUUGACAAACGAAGAAAGAUCUAAGGGAAAAACUGUAGAAGUUGGACGGGCUUUUUUCAAAACCUCGGGCAAUACGCCUGAUGGUCCGGUGGAACGUCAUUAUACUAUUCUGGAUGCACCUGGCCAUAAAUCUUUCGUCCCAAACAUGAUCGGUGGUGCGUCUCAGGCAGACGUGGGAAUUCUUGUCAUUUCCGCGAGAAAGGGUGAAUACGAAACCGGUUUCGAGCGAGGUGGUCAAACCCGCGAGCAUGCAUUGCUGGCCCGAAACUCGGGUGUGAAAAAGCUGAUAGUCGCUGUGAACAAAAUGGAUGACCCAACUGUUGAAUGGAGCAAAGCACGAUACGAUGAAUGUACAACGAAGAUUGGCAAAUUCCUUCAAGGCAUGGGUUAUGCCAAGGCAGAUCUCCACUUCAUGCCCAUCUCUGCGCAGAAGACUAUUGGCAUUGAUAAGCCUGUUCCCAAGGAGCUAGCACCUUGGUUUGAAGGCCCUGGCCUUCUUGAUUUCCUCCACAACAUGAAAAUGCCUGAACGUAAGAUCAAUGCACCCUUCAUGAUGCCAGUCAGCGCAAAGUACCGGGAUAUGGGCACGGUUGUUGAAGGGCGAAUUGAGUCCGGCGUAAUAAAGAAGGGCUCCAGCUAUAUCAUGAUGCCCAACCACGAGGAAGUCACUGUUACUGCGCUGUACGGUGAGACGGAAGAGGAGAUUAAUACGGCAACUUGUGGCGAUCAAGUCCGUGUUCGACUUCGGGGUGUUGAGGAAGAAGAUAUCAUGCCAGGAUUUGUAUUGUGCUCUCCCAAAAGACCUGUGCACUGCGUCUCCGCUUUCGAGGCCAAAAUCAGAAUUCUAGAUCUCAAGAGCAUUCUCACCGCCGGCUUCAACUGCGUCCUCCAUGUGCACGCCGCCAUCGAAGAGGUGACCUUCGCGGCACUGCUUCACAAACUCGAGAAAGAUACAGGCAGGAAGAGCAAGAAACCACCUCCAUUUGCCAGCAAGGGCCAAACCAUCAUUGCUCGUUUAGAAACCAUUGGCGGAGCUGGGGCUGUUUGUGUUGAGCGAUUUGAAGACUAUAACCAGCUCGGGCGGUUCACACUCCGUGAUCAGGGACAAACCAUUGCAAUUGGCAUGAUCACCAAGUUAAUUACGAACGAACCGGCGGCGACGGCGUAAAGUAGAAUCGUAAGUCAAAAGUGAUAGCGAUUUAUUUUUUGUUGGGCUUUCUCGUCGGGAUGUCUACUACUAGCGGAUAGCUGAAGAAAAGGAUGGACGUUAUUCAUGACUGGGAAAUGCAAUGUGGUGGCCCAUGGGAACAUGCAUUUGAUAUCAUGACAUGACCAGCUUUUCGACAAUUCUAUGAUUCCACUUUGUCAGUCUUUAUAUAGGUAAUCUUCCAACAAAGAAAUAUGGGCCGGGCAGUAGAAUAAGGAUAUAUAAAAUGGUGGUUGUGUCACAGGACCGCUUGUUUAAUAACACACUCUGCUCAAAAUCAUCACAUCAUGGCUUGCAUUUAUAUUCCGUAGCCGCUCAUAUAGAACUUUUCCCAGAGUAUUGGAAAACAAAAAAGAACACCCAACGCCCUCGAUGCUAACCCGAAUUCCCAAGUGACCUAGCACGUACACCAUGCAAAAUAACAAUGCCCAGAAAUAAAUGCCAACAAUGAAGAGGAGGAAGCCAUCAUCGCCUUCUCUUCGAAACCACCUUCGUGAAUCCAUCUUCAUCGACAAUCGGCUCAGGCAAGAACUUUCCCCGCUCCCAUGGUCCGUCAAUUGCCCUCCGUAUUUCAUUCGGGGACUCACGUUUCGGCGCUUCAGUUUGUGGGGAGUAAUUCCUCGAUGCCGUGACCGCCACCGGCGCAUCCUCCAUCUCAACGUCAUCCGCCCAAUCCCCAAUAUCACUUUCAUUAUCAUCUUCUUCCUCCUCAUCCUCAUCCUCCGCGCCCUCACCAUUGUCAUCCCCAUCGUCAUCGCCAUUAACCUCCACUUUUCUGAACGCUCCAACAGUUGCACCAGCACCUCCCUUCGCCUUCCACUCCUCCCACAUCCUCGUCACCCUCGUAAAAUCACCCAUCUGCGUUUCCAUUCUGACUUCCAUGAUCCUACGCCCAAUCUCGCCUGCACUCUCAUCAUCCACA